AUGGCCAGAAGUGCUAAAAACCAGGUUGCGGAAAAGAAGCGCGAAGCUGAGACUCCCUCAGAGGAACAACUGGAAUUGAGCAAUUCCAGCUCAUCGGAGAGCGAACUAGAUGGUCUUUCCGAGGAGGAGGACGAAGAAGAGCUGGAAGAUGAGGAUGUCGUGGGGCAGAAGGACAGCUCCUCCGUGCAUACACUGAAGAAGCUAGAUGCCAAGAAGACCGACUCGGCGAAAUCAUCCAAGAAAAAUGCGAAGUCUACCAAAGCUGACAAUCUGUCCGGUAUCAUUUACGUGAGCAGACUGCCCAAGGGCUUCCACGAACGCGAACUGGCAAAGUACUUUUCGCAGUUCGGCGACUUGCGCGAGGUCAGGCUCGCCCGCAACAAGAAGACUGGCAACAGCAGACACUACGGGUUUGUCGAGUUUGUAAAUAAGGAAGAUGCUCUUGUAGCCGAAGACACCAUGCACAACUACCUGCUGAUGGGCCACUUGCUACAAGUAGUGGCGCUGCCUAAGGGCAAAAAGAUAGAAAAGCUGUAUCGCUACAAACAGCGCGCGUUCCAACAAACUCCGGUGAAGAAAACAGCCCAAGAACUCAAACAAAACGCAAUGGACAAGCACGCUCAAAGAGAGCAAAAACUGAGCGCCAAGGGUAUCUCCUUCCAAUGGUGA